ACCCGUCAACAGCAGUAGCUACUGAAACUGACAAAGAGGCGGACAACUGAACCGCAUAAUGAAAAUUAACGGACCUUAAGUGUAGGUCUUAGCCGGAGUAUACCGUCUUUUAUUAAUUUGUUAUUAAAACAGGCCCCAAGCUUGCCGUCGGUGUACUGUGUAGCCGUCAGAGAUUAGAUAAAAACCCCAAAGAGCGAGGAUGUUGGUCCCCGCGGGAAGAUAAUGAAGAGGCUGCGCGUUUUGUUGGUGUGCCUCGUUGUAGCUCUCCUGUGCUGGUACCCCAGUCAACAUGUGUUUUGUUCAGAGCAGAGCUUGUCUGGCCCAGGUCAGUCUGCCGGGGACAAAAACCCUGAUGGCCACAAGCAGGAGCAGGAGCAGGACUCCAUGCAGCACAAGGCGGUGGAAGAAUGGACGACACAGACAUCAUACGAUAUGGGAUUAGAGAAGCUGGCAACACAAAACAUACACCAAGAACAGACUGUGAAUCCUCAGGAAGCUGAGGUGGAGGAGACAAAGCCAGACCCAGAGUCUGACAAUGUACCUGUUGCUCCUGAGCCGGAACCCCACCCAGACCCCGAGACCGAUUUGGACCUUCAGACUGACAGCCAGGACCACGAUCAGGAACCCCCGGUGUCCUCCACUCCAGAACCAGUUCCAGCACAGGGCCAGGUGUCCACAGAUACCCCAGCCCAAGCAGAAACCGACAGUGACGCCCCCGCUGCACAUCCCAGUCUGGACUCAAACCCAGCCACAUCCCGAGAUGAAGCUGAAAACACACCUACCUCACAGAGUGCCGACCCAGCUCACACAGGUGCAGUGCGGGUUGCCAGUGCAGGAGAUGAACUCCCAGUAGACAUCUUUGUCUUUGCUGAGCACUCUGAUUCACAGUGCGGGGUCAUUCCCCCCGAACUGGCAACCUGUGAAAACUCCCCUUUUGGCAGCCCUCUCCUCAGUGUGGAUGAGGCUGGCAUAGAAGACCAGCGGUCAGACCAGAGCCUCGGUUCUGGUCUGGAAGCAGAGGUCCAGUCUACUCCAGGCCACGUGGACCAGGAGCAGCAGCAGCAGCAGCAGCCACAGGAGCUGGAGAAUGGGCUGUCUCAUCUGGACCGGGAGGGCAACACCUCCCACUACAAGCAGCCAGGGGAUGCUAGUGUUGCCAGAGAGACCGAUCCCUCAGUGCCCAGCAAAGAAGACAUCCCCACCUUCGAUGAGUGGAAGAAACAAGUCAUGGAGGUGGAGAAGGAGAAAAGUCAGUCUCUCCAUACUGCCACCAGUGGCAGCCCCCAUCCGGUGAAGAAGGUCCAGAAGAACUUCAAGAAUAACUACGCAUCUGUGGAGUGUGGUGCCAAGAUACUCUCUGCCAACAACGAGGCCAAGAGCACUUCAGCUAUUCUCAUGGAAAAUAUGGACCUUUACAUGCUAAAUCCUUGCAGCAACAAAAUCUGGUUUGUGAUAGAGCUCUGUGAGCCCAUUCAAGUCAAGCAGCUGGAUAUCGCUAACUUCGAGCUCUUCUCAUCUACACCUAAAGACUUCCUAGUGUCCAUCAGUGACAGAUAUCCUACCAACAAGUGGGUAAAGCUGGGUACUUUCCACGCCCGUGAUGAGCGCAUAGUCCAGAGCUUCCCACUGGAUGAACAGCUUUAUGCUAAAUAUGUGAAGAUGUUCAUCAAGUACAUAAAGGUUGAACUCCUCUCGCACUUUGGAUCAGAGCACUUCUGUCCUCUCAGUCUCAUCAGGGUAUUUGGUACCAGCAUGGUGGAGGAGUAUGAGGAGAUAGCAGAUUCCCAGUACUCUUCAGAGAGACUGGAGUACUUGGAUGAAGACUAUGACUAUCCUCCUGGUUACCAACCAUCAGAGGACAAGGCCUCUAAAAACCUGCUCGGCUCAGCUACCAAUGCCAUCCUAAACAUGGUGAACAACAUUGCUGCUAACGUGCUGGGCGGAAAGCCAGGGCUGGAGGGUGGAGCAGAAGCAGGAGGUAACGAAACAGCAGAGGAGGAUGAAAAGACGGGGAGCACAGAAGUUAAAGUUAAACCAGCUGAAACACCUCACGACUCUGCAGAACUGGAACCUGCAGAACCAAAACACCCUGCAGCCCAGGAGGACUCUAAUGUCUCCGCUGACUCUUCCACAUCCUCUCCCUCCUCAUCCGACGCCCACGAGGACAGACAGAUUGUCACUCUGGUAGAAGAGGAGGAGGACGAAGAGCCCAGACAGUCUACUGUCACCCUGAUGGAGGAGGAGGGAGAGGAGGAGGAAGAGAAGAGAGAGGAGGAGACGAGGAGAGAGGCAGACAGGAACCAGUGGGAGAGUCAGACGUACUGUCCUUUCUCCUCCUUCUCCUCCCUGUCUCUGUCCUGCAUGGCCACCCUGCCGGAGCUGCUCCAUCGCUGGUGCUCUGCCCGGCUGGCCAAGGAGAGACUGCGCAGCCUUAGGCGGAGGCAGCUGAGCGCUCAAACACAGACUGAUGCAAACACCCCUGUCCUCACACACACGCCGCCACAAAUCCCCGUCCCUGUCCCCACACCUCCACACGAAGCCCUUCCCCUCACAGAACAAGCUCCAGAGGCCGAGGUGGUGUCUGUUAAAGGCCAAACUGAAGGCAAGUCUCUGGGCGAGGUUCACGCCACUCACACACAUCUCGACACUCACACACCUGAUGCACACACUCCUGAGCUCAGCAUCCUCCUAGAGCCGAGUAGAACCUCCACCAUCCCCCCUCACAGUUUCUCGGACACCCACAGUUCUCUGAUGCGGCCGACCCCCACCCACGAGGAGAAGCUGCUACCUCCCAUCAAAGACGCAGCCCUGGACCCAGUCCCCACCCCACCCCUUCAGAUUGUCUCCAUCCCUGAGACGCAACAGGCCAGCAGUACCACCCCCACCCUUACUGUCAGUUCUCCCCCACAGGCUGUGUCCUCUGAGACAGCCUCUCCAGGUGUAGUGGUUCCUUCUGUCAAGGAGCAGCCCGUUCUGCCUCUUCCCACUGCAUCAAGACCUGAAGACCUUAUCCCCCCUCCCACCGAACUGCCAGCAGCUGUCCCGCUGCCUGACACUCACACAGACUUAGUUAAGUCAGGCACAGAGAGUGGGGACUCCCAGAGACGCAGUGUCCAGGCUUCUCAGACUCACGGGGAGCAGGGGGACUCUCUCACUCAAACCGCAGAGCCCCAUCGUGUCGCGGAAGACACAGUGGACGAGGACCUAUUAAGCACUAAUGGGAAUGGCAACAUCCACCGGACGUCUACGGACUUCUAUGCAGAGCUGCAGAAUGGGGGGGAUUAUAAUGGAGGGGCAGUGAACGGGAACGGCGUGUUACUGAACGGGGGAGCGGUGCACGGCUCCAGUCAGAAGGAGAGUGUGUUCAUGAGGCUGAACAACAGGAUCAAAGCUCUGGAGAUGAACAUGAGUCUGUCCAGCAGAUACCUGGAGGAGCUCAGCCAGAGAUACCGUAAACAGAUGGAAGAGAUGCAGAGAGCGUUCAAUAAGACCAUCAUCAAACUGCAAAACACCUCCCGCAUUGCUGAGGAGCAGGACCAGAAGCAGACAGAUUCCAUCCAGGUCCUGCAGAGCCAGCUGGAGAACGUCACUAAACUGAUGUUAAAUCUCACCUCUGCUGUCAGCCAGCUGCAGAGAGAGGUAUCUGAUCGUCAGAGCUACCUGGUAGUGUCUCUGGUUCUGUGUCUGUUCCUGGGCCUCCUGCUGUGUCUGCAGUGCUGCCGCAGCUCCUCACCCAGCCCCAGCACCACUGCUGCUGUCCUUCCCAAGAGCAACCACUACCCCAGCCCUAAAAGAUGCUUUUCCUCUUAUGACGACAUGAGCCUAAAGCGCAGGGUCACCUGUCCGCUGGUUCGUUCCAAGUCGUUCCACCUGUCCUCAACAGAAGUAGGUCCAGAUGACUUGUACAUUGUAGAACCUCUAAGGUUUUCUCCAGAGAAAAAGAAAAAACGCUGCAAGACAAAGUCACUGGACAAGGUUGAGACACUAAAGGCAUCUGAUCCCUCUGCUUCGCUCACAAAUGGGGGUCUCAAGUGUAACGGCUUCCACCCAUGCCUCCCUGCACCGCCCCCAGCCCUACCCCUUCCUCCCCCUCCUCCUCCUCCUCCUCUUCCUCUUCCUCCUCCUCCCCCACCCCCGCCUCCCACUCCCUCCGCAAAGGAGGUGUCAUCAUUGCCCACUUGCACCUCUAAGGAGUUCUCUUCAGAGACCAGCAGCUGCAGCUCAUCCACCCACUCUGAGGAGUCCUACACGAGCCGCCUGCCCCCUCCCUCUCCCCCCUUACCUCCCGCGGGCCUGUGCAACGGCCACAGCCUGAGUUUCCCCCUCCCGCAACCUCCCACCAAGUCCCGUCAGGAGAAACGCUCCAUGAAGAGGCGGAAGUCGCGGCAGACGGAGCUGCAGUUCCCGCACAUGCCUGGGGGCGGCGUCGCUUCCCUCCCCAGCCUGCAGCAGCUUAUGAAGGGAAACAAGGAGAUCAGCGUCGGGACCAUCGGGGUGACAGCCGUCACCGGACAUGUCUGAAACACUCACGCUUCACUUUUACACACACACACACACACACACACACACAUGCUAUAUGGUAGCAGACUUGUGAGGAGAUGAGGUCUCACUGCAUCCCAAAGAACCACAUUUCCCAUGAACACCCAGGCGCACCGUGGAACUGAAGUGGCUGUGGCAGCAGUAGCACGACAUCAUCCAGUCCUCAUCCACUCCUGUCAAAGACCCGUUUACGGUUAUGUGCCUUUAUAUCUGUUCUAGACCUUUUAAUGCUAAAAGCCUGAGACGUAAAGAACGGCUGGUGUGGGCAGAGAGAGACACUGUGGUGGAGAGUGAAGCAUUAAUACAAGUCAAAUCCAUUGAAGUGUGUUCAAGAUGUUUUUUUGUUUUUUGUUUUUUUUUUUCUAAUGGAUAAGCACAGCGUCCCAUGACAGUUGAGCACCAGUGAGAUUUUUUUUUUUUUUUUUUUUUUUUUUUUUCCUCCCCAACUCUGAGCACAGUGAGGAGAGGUGCUGGCCUCAACUCUACGUUCCUUCGCCUCCAGGGAGCAUCACGAAGUAUUAGACUACUCUUUUGGGAUGAAAUGUGUCUAUGAGAGAACCGCGGAGCAUGACAAACUGCUUCUCGUAUCCUUAUUUCCUUCUGUCUUCCAUUGCCGUCAUUUUCUCUUAUCCAUUCUGUCUUAGUUUUGCAUCCUAACAUGACUGCAGGUGUUGGUAUGGGACCAGUGUUAAACAUUCAUAUACGCCAGGCUCUCUCUGUGCUGUCGUCCUCUGUCUCUGUCAGCCUGCUCCAAACCAGCCGAAUGAGCUGAAUGAAGAAAAAAAGUUUGCGUGGGGAGGGGGGGUGAAACUGUGUGAAUGUGCUUGUCCUUUUCACUUGACUGUCCCACUAAACCUCAUAUUACAAAUACAAGAGCAGCAUCAGUCUGUCGAACGUUCUGUGAACCGUACCUGCUCGGUUAGUUUGGGCUGGGCCCAAAAAAGUUUGCUCGCACACACACUAAUGAAGAGAAACUGUGCUGUUACACAGUGGAUACUCUGACUGUGAGGGUGGUUUCAGACAGGCCAGAGCCAAGCCCAGUUUUAUUCCUUUUCUUUCAUGUUUUGUUUUAUUUUUUCAUCCAUUGUUUCUGGUGUGGUUUGCUUGAAUUAUUCUCACAAUAAGUUUGGAGGCAAAAGUUUUCUUUAUUUUAUUCUUGUGAUUAUGUUAUUUUUUUGGAGGUCACGGUGUUGGAGGACACUGGGUAGCAGAGCUGAAUGUUUACACUUUCAUCUCUCACACACACACACACACACACACAGCCUACUGGGACCCUGCAGUCGAGUCUGACAGACCAGUUUUAUUUAUCUAUUUAUUUAUUUAAAUGACUACAGAUUUUUCUAACAUAGGCACUGGCCUGCCUCUCUCCCAGUCCUGCAGUGUCACAGUAGUUUAUCCACGUGAGUACGUUACAUAGAAAUAUGACAGUGAGAUAAACUCAGCGGUACGGACACAUGGUCACGGUGGAUGGCUCAAUCUGGGACAUCUGUAUGUUUUUUUAAACCUUUAUCUUGGGCUCUGACAUGAUAACGUCGCCUAGUUCUGUUUGCCUCGGCCUGAAGCGUCAGUGCAGCCACACGUCCUGCAGCAGUCUGUGUAUCCACCGGCGUAACUGAGAGCUGAAUUAGAAGCCGACGUGUUUAUUGGGAUCAUCACGCUGCUGCUUUUGUAUGUGUUCAGAGCUGCUGGGUGGUCGGAGGUAGUGGAAGUGGCUGAAGUGAGUGUUUGAUAUUUUCCCCCGUCGUCCGCGUCGCUCGUCUCAGCGUCUUUGCUGGAUGAACCAACUGAUUUUACGUCACCUUGUUCAUGAUUUUGUUACUGACCUACGAUAACAUUCAGUUUCAUAUUUAAAGACAAUGAGGUAUCCUUUUUUUUUGUUUGUUUGUUUUUAAAUAAUUAAACUUAAAUGAUCUUUUUUCCGUGUGUAUGCAGUUUCUGACCGGCUCUGUGGUUGGACUUGUGACUGUUUUGGCAGAGACAGAGAUUUCUCCUCUAACUUUACGCUCCUGUUAGAGCCUCUUUACCUCUCCUGACCAGCUUCUAGAGCGCUGCUUUCUCUUCACAUAUCCUCACCCACCGGGGUCACCUCUGAACCCACUGCACGACUUUCUCUGUGACUGUGAAGAAAAUGUUUAAUAUGCCUGCUUUUAUUAACCACUCUAACAUAUCCCCAUGAGGAGCUUGAAAUGCUUUAUCCGUCUACAUGCCUGCUUUUCUGACUAGUUUAUCUUUCUGUGCAUCCUCACUCUCAUUGUGCACCCGCUCCGUCUUUUAUUCACUUGUCACUGCUCGUGGACUUUAUGCGUUUGUCCCACCUGGGUUGAUAAAUGUGGUUUGUGAGAAGGACACAUGGAUUGUUGUUAAAUAAAGGGAACGCAACAAAGAUGGGGAUGAUUUGGAACACUGUGUGAUUCUGUAUGUUCCACAAGCCGAGCAAAUCAUGAGGUUUUUUUUUUUAAACCCUUUUUGAAUGUGUAUGAUCUUGUUUGUGUGUGUGUGUGUGUGUAUGCAUGUGAGAAUUUUUUUCUUGUUGUUGAUCUCAUGUACGCGUGAGAGUCUGUUAUGAGAAAGACUACUUUGAAUCUACUUAUCCCCAUAACACAGCGAAUAGGGAGAAAGCCCUCAGUGAGAAAUUCUAGGAGCUCAGUGUGCACUUUGUAUGACUCCUCAUGCCUUUUUGUGUUUUUGUUUUUCUACCUUAUAUGUCAAGUGCUAUCUUUUAAAUUUUUUUUCUUCCUCUCUCUCUCUUUCUCUCUGUGAGUACUCUGAAGAGCUGCACAGUAUUUUUGAGCAGGAGUGAGUUACUACAAAAAACUGUAGUGCCAUUAGAAACUGUGAAUUUCUAAAUAAAACCUUUUUUGUCGUCUU